UAUUUCAAUGACCAUGUUCACUCUGAAUGUAUAGUUUUUGACAAAUAAAAGUCUGAAUCUGGAAAGUUAAUUAUGGAGUGAUUAUCUGGACGGGUCUUGGACUGAGGUGGGGAGUGAACCAAAACCAGCAUUUUUGCCGUAGGCAAACUACACUGUCUCAUAGACAAUCACUGUCUGUGGCUCGACACAACAGACGGUCUCCAGGGAGCAGAGAGAGGGGGGAGGGGGAGGGGCUAUGCGUCUGGUGUGGCCUGGGGGCGUGAGGACGGGGCGCCCUAUCAGUCAGUUCAGCUCAUCGCCAUGGCUUACGUCGUGUUCCUUCUACUAGCGCUCGCUGCCGUGAAAGGUCUUUUCAACGUACCCCUCGGAGUAACGGCUCAAUGAUAGGCGCUUAAUGGACUUAGUUGCGGGGCACGUGUGGAGAUCCUAAACUUCUUAGCAGAAUAUAGCCCCCCCCCCCGACAAAAAACCCUCUUGCCCCAGAUUUUGAAAGGUGUCGAAAAGCUCAUCCUUGACCUGACGCAUUAUCUCUACGCGUGCGUCUAAGGGGUUGCCUACCCAGCCGGCGCGCCACUACGAAGCCAUGAGUCCUUCGUCUUUCCAGCCCCCUUGAUGGGCGUAGCCCUGCUCUGCCCUCCCGUGCUGUCCGGCCGGACCGCACAAGAAGCGUCAGUGCGAAAAAUGCUUUCGGGGAAACGAGUAUCUGUGUAUUCAUAUUGUCUAAUUGUGUCAGGUGGCGCUGAGAUGCUGUGCGAGCCCGACGCUUAUGGCGAGCCGCCGGCCGCUUCAACAGCCAGGCCGAGGCUACGGAGGGACCUGCUGUGCCAGUACGACCGCCAGAGUGCACCCAGGAAGUUCGUGAACAUCACCACGGAGGUCUUCGUGAGGAGAGCCAGGGUUGUCCACCGCACGCUUGAGGCAGAGGUGCUAGCGAGCUUGCGGUGGACCGACCAGUUUCUCACUUGGGAUCCGGCGCAAUAUGACGGCGUGCAGGAGGUCCAGAUCAGUUCAAACGACAUUUGGAUACCUCCCAUCGUCACCUACAACACCUUGCCGUGGUUUCGUGAUGACGACCGGCCGCAGGCGGACUUCUGGCCCGUGCUGUGCAGCGUCUCCUCGAACGGCAACGUCCGCUGCACGAGCGGCACGGAGAUGGGCGGCAGCUGCGAGGUGUCGUCCUUCUACUGGCCUCACGUGCAGGCCGACUGCUCCUCCUUCAUCGGCCCCGACUUCCGCCUGCACAAGGACAUCAGCGUCAUGUCCGUCAACGAAUCCGGCCAGACCGAGAUGAGCUACUACAUUCCUGGCAAUGACUGGAUUGUAACUACACUGGAGAAAAGAAAUUUUGCCUUUGGUCCCGACCCGUUUAUGGCUACGGCUCUGAUCUACAGAAUUAAACUGCACUCCAGAGGAGUAAAUAUUUCAGCGGCUCUGAUUGGGCCAGCAGUUGUUCUCAGUCUGAUGUUACUGGGCUCAUUUAUCCUUCCCAUUAAAUCCUUCACUAGACUUGGACUUUGCUGCUGCAGCACUUUUGGCACAGUUCUUGCAUCCAGUUUGCUUUUUGAAUAUCUUGAGCCAUAUGAAGAUCCUUCUCCACUUGUUGUGACAUUUUACACGGGACUACUCAUCCUCUCGGCAAUAGCAACCUUUAUGGUACUACUUGUUAAUAUUGUGGUGCCCAAAUCAACAAAACCACCAGAGGCUCCUCGCUGGCUUUACUCCUUCCAAACAUGGCUGUUUCAUGCAGAAGUUGGGAAAUUGUGUCUAAAAGCCCUGGCACUCUCGGCACCAGAACAGAGAGGAGAAUUGCCUGGAGUGGACAACGGCAGGAGUGAGGACAACGAAGAUCCUAACAGUGAAGAAGCUGCGUCACCUGUUCAGAUGUCAGCUCAACGAAGUCCUGGUCCAGAUAGGAUUUGGGAUUUUACUGCAAGUUUCCUUAACCGUUGCGUCUGUAUCAUUUUUCUCUUAGCUUUUAGUGUGCUUGGCUUAUAUCUUGCACAUGCUGUAACAAUUUAUGAAGACCCUGAAGUAAUAGAAUAAUUGAGAUGUAAAUUACUCAAAAAUACCCCAAGGAUACAAAAAUGUGAAAAUAACUCUUUAAGACUGUGAACAGACUAAUAUCAGCCUUCUUCAAACCACAA